UGUUGUGUGUGUGUCUUGUUUACGCGGUGGGGAUGAAGUAGAUGCACGUCGCAAUGGCGAGCCGAAAAAGCCCACAGACAAACCGGGACAGUGGGGACAAAUAUUCCGUAUUAUUACCGACCUACAACGAGCGAGAGAACCUUCCGUUGAUUGUGUGGCUGCUGGUGAAAUAUUUCGGUGAAAGUGGAUAUGACUACGAGAUAAUUGUCAUUGACGACGGAAGCCCAGAUGGCACACUGGAGGUGGCAGAGCAGCUGCAGAAAAUCUACGGCAAGGACAGGAUUCUUCUACGACCUCGAGCGAAGAAAUUGGGCCUAGGCACUGCCUACAUCCACGGCGUGAAGCAUGCAACUGGGAACUUCAUCUUCAUAAUGGAUGCAGAUCUGUCCCAUCACCCCAAAUUUAUCCCAGAAUUUAUUCAGAAGCAGAGGGAGGCUAACUACGACCUGGUGUCUAGUACUCGUUACGCAGGCAAUGGAGGCGUAUAUGGCUGGGACUUGCGCAGGAAACUCAUCAGCCGAGGAGCCAACUUUUUGACUCAAGUGUUGCUGAGACCCAACGCUUCGGACCUCACAGGCAGCUUCAGGCUGUACAAGAAGAAGGUGCUGGAGAAUCUGGUUGAGCGCUGCGUGUCCAAAGGUUAUGUCUUUCAGAUGGAGAUGAUCGUCCGUGCCAGACAACUCAACUACACAGUCGGAGAGGUGCCCAUUUCCUUUGUGGAUCGAGUUUAUGGAGAGUCCAAACUGGGAGGGAACGAGAUCUUGUCAUUCGUGAAAGGACUGCUCACGCUCUUUGCCACCACAUGAUCAGUGAUGCACUAUGCGAUGUACUCUCUGACACACUAAUGGAAAUAUCAUCCGGGGGUCACAUCAGAGGUUAAACAUAGGAUAACAUCCCACGUUCUUCAACUGUUCCUCUCACUCUUAAAGUUGCUGUCUUACGUACUAUACUGUAGUUAUAUCCAAAUUGUAAUAAGGGGAGAAAAAAGCUCCACUUGCCUCAUGUUCAUUGACAUGACGGCAAAUGACACGAGACACGUCUCUGUCCCGUUAGCAGUAAAUAUACAGUAACUCCUUGUGAGUAGCCAUCUAGAAUACUGAAUCAACAUAGUGCUUUACUUUGCCAUCAUGAUCCUCAAUGAAAUGUGAACAAGUCACAGUGACUCGUCAUUCCCAGUCUGGACCGCUGACUCCUCUCUGUGAGAGAGUAGGGUUUACAGUGAACUGCUCCUCCUGUCAUUGUUUGUAUCAAAUUAAACAGUUUGUAAUGUUGA